AUGAAUAAAGCUAAGGAACCAGAGAUUCCGUUUCAAGUUGUUGCACAGUUUUCUUACAAGUCAGAGUACAAACAUGAUCUACACUUUGAUAAAGGCCAAAAAAUAUUAGUCAUUUCGAUAGAAGACAAUCAAUGGUACUAUGGGCAUUUUGUGGAUUCAGAGGGAAAGCAGAGGGAAGGGAUAUUCCCCAAGAGUUUUGUGAGCAUAGUUCGGGAUGAGAUGAAGACUGGAAGAUCUAAGUUGGGAUUACCGCAGGGAAAUUUCCCUUCGUUAGAUCCAGCAGCACAAAUGCCCUUUCUUCAAGAGCAGCCCGCAGUGAUGAAGGAGGAAGAUUUUGGUGCUGGUGAGAAGGGCAAGGAUUUAGAGGCGGGAUCAGCGGGUAAUGGGAACUACUUGGCCCGGGAUGGGACAAGGAAAGUUCCUGAUCCGAUACAGAAGAAGCCAGAUGGUCCGGUAUUUACGCCGCCGGAUGAUCCGGUGAAACCAAAAAGUGGUGUUACGAUGAUUAACAAAGUGCCGUUUGGGAAGGUUCCUAAGGGUACUGUGAGCGGUUCUCCCAGUCCUGUGAAGGAGGAGAGUCUUACCCCUGUUGUUGUGGAGCCUCCGCAGAUGAGUUUUAAGGAACGGUUGGCGAUGUUGCAGGAGCAGCAGGCAAAAGAACAAGCAAGGGAAGUCAGGUUGCUGAGGAAAAAACAGGAAAAGGAGACAGAUGAGUUGAAAAAGAACAGAAGGAAACUCGAGACGGCAGCGGCUAGCGAUGUGCGCAAGGCUGCUGCUGAAUCUGAUAGUGAUCAUUUUUCCACAGAUAAUGAAAUGGCAGGAAAUACGCAGAUUAAGCAUCGUAAAGAUGUUGCAGCAGUUGGUGCUGUCUCGGUAGAUUCGAAGCAUAAUCUACCAGUUGGAUCAGAGAAAAAACAGGGGCAUAAAAAUGUGGAAGAUUCCUCUAAACAAGAAGUUAAUACUAACAAGACCAAUGAGGAAUCUCGUCGCGCUGCAUUGAGAGAGCGAAUGGCAAGGUUGUCUGGUGCUAGCAGAUUUGGAAUGUCUGCUUCUUUUAACCCCUUUAGUUUGCCUUCUAUCAGUGGCUCUAUGGCUGAUGCCAAGUCUACCAAAGAAAAUAAGUCUAACUUGUUCGAUCAUAAUACUACAAUACAGUCACAGGAUGAAAUGCAACAGCCCAUACCUAUUUUGCCGCCUUCUCCAAACCAACUGACUUUGAGCAAGACUUCGAAGCACCAUAAGAAGGAACCAUCAAUAACUGAGAAUGAUCAACUUACAGAAUCAGAGGUUGAUUUGGAAGAUAAAAGCUAUAUGGGCAUUACGGCAAAGCCAGGAGGCUUUAUGGGUUUAAACCUAAAUCCCAUUUCUAUGGACACUCCAGGAAAUUUAGCAGAUGAGGAAAGCGAAGCAUACUUUGACAAGGAGGCUGAUCUUGGAUCUGGAUUCAAGUCAGCUGACACUCCUACAACCGGGCCUGAAACUAACGAUGUGUUGCUUGCAGCGAUUGUUUCAAAGGCUCAAAUGCCUCGUUUGAGCAAUGACUCGUCUGAGACAUACCCUGAUAUAUAUGGUAAAAUUGACACAGAAGUUCCACAACUGACAGGUAACGCUAAAGAAUCUAUCCCUUCAGAGCGUAAUUCUCCUACUCGUAAUGACCUCGAAGUAUCAUCUCCGGUAUCUUUAAACAAUAAUCUCCAUGAUAAAACAUCACCAAUGUCACCGCCAAGCUCUGUUGCACCACCUAUUCCCUCUGCAUUAGCCGUACCUGUUACUUCUUCAAAGCUCUUCGGACAAGUUCAAGUUCCUACUAUUCCAUUUGCUGCAGUACCUCCUAUUCCUACCCAAAUGACUCCUUCGCGUGUAUCUCCGAAGCGAUCUCAAAGUAUAUCUCCACGUAAGUCCCCCUCUACAGAUCACACGAAGAAGACGGCCCCCCCGCCGCCGCCGCCUACAGCAGGACAUACAGCUCAACAUGAAGAAUCAUAUGCCAGUAGAGUUGGUGAUUCAAAGGAAGCCGCGCCAUUUAACAGGUCUAUAAGAAGCCAUAAAGCAAGGUCACUAAGAGAAUUUACGGGUCGAAAUGUACGUGAUUCAUCUACUAUUCUCCAUGAAAAUUCCCAACUAACGAUUGAGCGACCAAAGACUACCACUUUUUUUGAGUCCUCCAAGACGGUUCUUGAUAUACCAAGAACUCUCGAACCACCAAAACAGACAUCGACAGGAAGUCCAAAGUUUUCACCCACUGCCCUUUCAAGCAAAUCACCAAGUCCAGUUUCUCUUUCGCGGUCUCCUGGAACUAUUAUAACCAAGCAGACGCUUGGUGAUUCCAUACUAGAAUUCACUGAACCAACAAUAUCUUUUACCAAACAUGAUACUUGGUGGCUUGAAAAAGUUCCUCCGUCAACUCUUGAAGCUCAAAGGGGGAAAUUUAUAUGGGAAUCGGAUGAUCACGUUAUUACAAUGAGGGGUGGGAACAAGAUGCUUUGCACAGAUUUCUACUUUUUGUUUGAUGAUUAUUCUCAAUUGCAUUCUGUUGUUGUUUAUGAUGAGAAAGAUCCGAUUAAUUCCGCAAAAUAUUGGGAAGAACUUAUAUCGUUCGAAUCAGACGAAAGGGAGAAAAUAGAACAGACUGAUAUUAGCAGUCAAUUAUUUGCCAAGGCAUAUGGCAUGAUAGGUAAGACAAGUAAAUCAUUCGUUGGCAGUUUAUUGUCUGAAUUUUCAAACCUUAUACCUCCAAUUGGCAAGAGCUCAUAUGGUAUUACAAUCGCUGAAUAUGUUGCUGGCGAGCCAAUAGACGUUGAAAUUAUGAAAUCUGUAAAAGUUGGAGAUUUUUUGGUGAUUACAGAAGGUCAAUUUGUAACACAUUCCAGACUAUUGCACAGGACAACAGUAGACAUUGUUCCAGAAAAGCCACAUAUAAGUGUCAUUAGUGAAUAUGACUACAACAAGAAAAAGAUUCGAGUCAUUGAAGAUCAUAAUGGAAAGGUAAGACAGGGCAGUUACAAAUUAACAGAAUUCGUUAAAGGUCAAUUGAAAGUUUGUAGAGCUGUUCCCAGGGAUAUAAUUGGUUGGUGA